CCAAGCCGAGGGGGGAAGGACAGGAAGGGUCCCGCGGCGAGCACGAGCUCAGUCCCCGACGCUCGCGUGCGCGCUGCUCGUGUACACUCGACACGGCCGAGCUACACCACGAGAACCACGAGAUAUACGUACGCGCGCGGCUGCUUCCGCUGCUGCUGCGACCGCCAGAGUAUAGCUCUCCAGCUACACUAGCCAUCAUCGCCUCCUCCGAGGAGCCGAGUGUCGCGGCUCGAGUCCGUUGCAUCAGUGCAGCGACGAAAAAACGCGCGGUUUGCCUGGAGCCGAUCUCGCGUCCCACUGCUCACUGAUACUCUCUUCGCGGGUAUACGCGCAUCGCGCUGUUCGUGCCGGUUCACGCAGCCCACGGUGUUUUCAGUGAUCUUUCUGUGAAAAACUGUGCGCGAGAGUUGUCGCCCUUUGUUCCGCGAAGCCGAGGAAGGAGAUGCGAGCUCGUCGUUGAGGCAGCCACGACGCGCGCGCCCGAUCAGUACUUGUAUACAGUUACUUGUGGAGAGGACACCGCAGCUGUUCAGUUGCCGCUGCCGCUGCGCUUUUCCCGGAAGCCCGCCGAUAAAGAGGGCUUUUCGUUUGUGAGCAAGUCAGAGAAGACAAGAAGCCAAGAUGUUUGACGUUUUUGGCUCGGUGAAGGGCUUACUGAAGCUCGAUACAGUAUGCAUCGACAACAAUGUAUUCAGAUUACAUUACAAAGCCACCUUCAUCAUCCUUGUGGCCUUCUCGCUGCUGGUCACAUCGAGGCAGUACAUUGGAGACCCCAUCGACUGCAUAGUCGAUGAAAUUCCCCUGCAUGUCAUGGACACCUACUGCUGGAUCUACUCGACCUUCACCAUUCCAGACCGCAAUGGCGUUGUGGGCAAGGACAUAGUUCAGCCAGGAGUAGCAUCGCACGUGGAUGGCGAAGACGACAUCAAGUACCACAAGUACUACCAGUGGGUGUGCUUCACCCUUUUCUUCCAGGCCAUUCUUUUCUACAUCCCACGCUACCUGUGGAAGACCUGGGAAGGUGGCAGAAUCAAGAUGCUGGUACUCGACCUCAAUUGCCCAGUAGUCAGCGAGGACUGCAAGACUGACCGCAGGAAGCUGCUGGUGGACUACUUUGCUACCAAUCUGCACUCGCAAAACUUCUACGCGUUCCGCUUCUUCCUGUGCGAGGUGCUCAACUUCAUCAACGUCGUCGGCCAGAUAUACUUCAUGGAUUUCUUCCUGGACGGCGAGUUCACGACCUACGGCUCGGACGUGGUCAAGUUCACCGAAAUGGAGCCGGAGGAGCGAGUGGACCCGAUGUCGCGGGUCUUUCCGAAAGUGACCAAGUGCACCUUCCACAAAUAUGGUGCGUCCGGCACGGUGCAGAAGUUCGACGGUCUCUGCGUGCUCCCGCUGAACAUCGUCAACGAGAAGAUCUACGUGUUCCUCUGGUUCUGGUUCAUCAUUCUCUCCGUGCUGAGCGGCCUGAGCCUGGCGUACCGCGCCGCAGUCGUGGCCGGACCGAAGCUGCGCUUCAUCUUGCUGCGAGCGCGAUCCCGCCUCUCGCACCAGGACCAGAUCGAGGUCAUCUCCAACAGGUGUCAGAUCGGCGACUGGUUCAUCCUCUACCAGCUGGGCAAGAACAUCGACCCCCUUAUCUACAAGACACUCAUCGCCGACCUGGCCAAGAAGUUCGAGGGCAAGGAGAACGUGUAAUAAGUCCGUUGGACGAGCGCAACAGGCGACAGAGGAUGUAUAAGCCUUUCAUCAAGAUUAUCUACGAACACGAACGACCGCGAGACUAGCGUGACGGCAUAUUAGAGAUAGAUAGAUAGAGAGAGAGAGAGAGAGAGAGAGAGAGAGAGAGAGAGAGAGGAGCAGCUCGCAGUAGUAGUACAUUAGCUAAAUUGUGAUAGAUCCGUUCCACCGCAGCAAAACGCAAAACUCCCGAAGAGAGGAGAGACGGAAUCGCGAGAUGAACAAAGGUAUUUUUUCCUCGACGAAAAUAGGCGAUGCAAAGUCACAUUCCUCCGCAGGGGGCAAAAGGAAGAGCAAAGGUGUGCGUGUCCCUUCGCUUGCAGCUGAGGCGCGCUCGCUUCCGGCGCAUUUUUCCACGCGAAAAUCCCUAAAUAGCUUCGGUUCGCGCGUAUGCUUGUAUAGCUUGUUGUAGCGUUGCGUCGCCUCCUCUGUAAGCUUAACAAAAGAAGGCCAGCUCCGAAGAAAGGAGAAAGAAUGUGGCCCUAGUCCGGUACAGGGUUCGCGCGUCCGCCGACAGACGGCGACGCCAAAAGGGUAUGCACCUUCAUCGACUCUCGAUUCCUUCUCUCCUUUGCCUCCGUACCUUCUUCCUAUUAUUUUUCUUCUGAAAGUAUCUGCCACCUUUUGUCGAAGCUGCGCUGCUUCUCUCUCUCUCUCUCUCUCUCUCUCUCUCUCUCUCUCUCUCUCGUUCUUCCUCUCCCUCUCUCACUCUCCGUUCGACCGGCUCGCGCUCAUUUAUUAUUCAUCCUCUCUCGUUCCAGCGCGUCGGCGGGUUUUUGGCCUCUCUCUUUCUCGCGCGCCAGGCCGUCGGGUCUCGUAGUGUGGGCCUCGAAGAGCCGUGAGAAAAUAAGACAGCGGCGGGAGUUAAGAGUUAUAAGAGAGACGACGACGACGACGACGAUGACUACGUGGCCGGAGGCUUCGUAGACUCUAAUUGUGUGAUAAGCGAAGGACGGCGUUAUUUUUCCUUAUUGACUUUCUGGACUUUCGAUCGAGCACGCAGUGCAACGCUCGCGUUUGCUCGACAUUUUUUUGUUUAUUAUUUUUUUGCCAAUUUUCAAUAGCUUUCACAAUCUUUCUCAGCUUCGGCGAUCAACAGCGACGAGCAAACAACUGUGAGAACUGAUUGAAGUAAUAACGAGCUUAUAUCUUCUUUAAUUGAAGCAAAUGGCUUUCAAUGUUCUCAAAGAUUAAUACCUAUAAACGAUUCCAAUGAAUUGUUAUGGCUAUUGAAAGUUGGGCAACUUUAUUAUUUUCAUCUCGAUUUGCAAUCUUGGAUUUUAGCCUCUCUUUUUUCGUCUGGAUUCACACAUUUUAUGGAGAUCGCACCAUAUUUUCAAUUUCGGAGAAAAAAAGUAGUACGAUCUCAUUUCGUGCAUAUUUUAUGCUAAUUUAUGAUGUAGAUAAAUGCGUAAAUUAUGCCUUGGGAACGGGGCAAAAUUCGUUUCUUGGGACCAAUUAAGAGUUUUAAUAAGCAUAAAUUGUAUUUUUCAGAAUGUAGUUUUAAAACUGUACAGAUUCCAAUCAAACUACAAUCAAUAAGACGUGUACAUUUUUAAAUCUGCAGUCGUUUGUCGGCAUUUCAAACGUGGCUCCAUCGAAAUUGUACAAAUUAAAUUUUAAGGAUGACUUCAAAGUCCUAAAUCUUAUUGAUCGUUGCUAAACAUUUGAAUGAACAUAUAUGAGCGAUUGCUGACCAACUGCGGAGUUUUAUUGUACAAAAAUUUACUCGAGAAAAUUGAAUGUGAAUUUCGAAAAGUAAUCAUGGAAAGCGACGAUUGUACUUCCGGUGUAUUAGGCCAUCAAAAGUUUAUUUUCGGAGCGAAAUUAGUUUUUCGGUAGAUGCAAGCUGAAAGACCCUCCGCGAGUUGCUGCUACUUGAAAUACGAGUGUCUUUUUAACCCCACGCGGCGCCCGGUCGACCUUUUAAUCGCUGCAUCAGCCUGCAGUCGACGCUUCAACCCCACGUGUGUGUCUCUCAUAUUACUCAGUAGAAACGCACACCUCAUACCUUUGCGUGUGCUCGAUUCAUCCUCAUGGACGUCAGAGAUUUUUCUUGCGAAUAAAAAAUUAACGAGUUUUUUCUUCGUAAAUUUUUUAAAUUCUAAAUUUGAUCUCUAUUAAUUUUCUACGAGUGAAAAUAAUUUCAUCGAAAAGACAAUUUAAACCACUAUUCGAAAACCCUUGUUGGGAGUAUCUUUCCCAAUAUGUACUUUAAACACACCACGGCUGAGUUUUAUCUUGAUAAACGACUUGAGAACCGGUAAAGAUUGCACGAGAGAAGGAAACCUAAGGUACAAAUUGCGGAUGAAAGUGAGACAAGGCGCCGUCCUUCCAGUAGCGUAAACUCUAUUAUCCUACCCAGUUUAUUAAUCUUAAAUAUUCUUUUUUUCGUUCAUUGCCCUUCAUAUCAUAGAAUAAUAUAGCUUACUGAAAAGCGUAGCUCUUAGGUCAUAGGGAAAAAUAUUUUAUAUAUAAAUAUUAUAUAAAUAUAAUUAUAUAUGUAGAAGGCGUGUAGAUAUGUGUAAUGUUUUCCCUUCCUACUGAAGAAAGCUGAAUUUCUUGCGCAUUCCGCGAUGAUAAAAGAUUGACGAAAACGUUUCUCGUGAGGCAACCAAGGGACCAAUUUUCUAGGACUGCCGCGCAUUUUUGCUCGCAUUUGAUGGUUGAAAUAUAAACGAUUUUGUGUAAACGGACAGCACACAGACGAAUUUAACACUAGACUUUCCAAAUUUUCAAAGUGCAAUUCAUUCUGAAACGUGUUUUCACGGGGCGAAUAAACUCAAAUGUUGAAAUGCCUUUGUAAUACUGCCGUGCGUUUACCCAUAUAUAGAGGUGUAUGUGUAUAUAUAUAUAUAUAUAUAUAUAUAUAUAUAUAUAUAUAUAUAUAUAUAUAUAUAUAUAAAAGUAUGAAUAUUAUAUGCGACGUAAACAUGAUUUCUUUUUUGUAAGCGUCGAGUGAAGUCGAGAAGGACAAUACGUCGACUAAGCGCUUGUCGUCUAUUUUUCGCUACAUACAUAUAAUAUUACGUUUUAUUUUUAGAAAAAAAUUAUUAUUAUUAUAAUUAUACAUUGUAACGAUUCUCAUCGCUUAAACGUAUUUGUACGUAUUAUCAUCUUACCUAAUUCUAUCAAAAAAAUCUCCCACGCUGCCAAAGAAGUACAAAAUUUUAGAAAAAGAUUUUAUCGAUACAAAGAACGAAUAAGCAAUAAUAUUUUGAAGAAAAAUGUUUUUCUAAAAUUUAGUAUUUUCUUUGUACAGUGCCGCAAUUUAGUUAGACAGCAAUAAUCAUAAAAGUAUAAACUGUGGAGAAAGUUUGUGAGAACGAAGAAGACUCAGUGUAUAUGUGCAUGGAUGAACGGAACGUGGCGUUUUACUGCAGCGUUAGUAACUCGAAAAAAGAACCGAUAAAAAGUAGCAUUUUCCUUUCGUAAUUCGCUUUGAUUAUAAAAGUGCUCAAAGCAAAGACUGCCAAGAUAACGGGGAAAAUAAUAAUAAUAAUAAUAAUAUUCAGCGCGACAGGAUCGUUCGUUUGCGUUUCUUCACCGUGCGUUUAAUAUUAACUUAAAAAUCACGCACACAUCGCGUACACGCACACUUUAUGCGUUUUCUUCGAGCGAACAAGAUUUUCUUUGUUUGGUUUGUCAAAAAUUUUGUUUUUUUUCUCUUUUGAAAUAAAAAUUAUAUUUUACGAAAUUUUCCCUGCUAUUAUUUUUAUUUUUCCUCAACAAAAAAAAAACUUCGUAACAGCGAUUGAUAACCUAGCUGAAAAUACGUAAAAAGCUCGUAUUAUUUUUGUUUUAAGCAUCCACUUGGAAAGAAGGCUGCUUUAAAAAGAAACAUAUGCGGUAAAAUUUUAAUUAAAUUAAUGAAAUUAAAACUUGCGGGAAGCGAGCCGGCGAACGCAUAUACUCGUCGUGAUCGCAUCGUCAUCACAUUUCUAUACGCAAUAAGUAUUCAGCUUCGGUUAUUACUCUCGCAAGAAUCGAGAGAGUUAUGUAGAACAUAUCACGCGCGCAUAAAAGGGAGCAAGAAAGUAAACAUAAUGAAACAAGUGCCUAUUAUAAAAAUAUAAUUAUAAUGUAUACUGUAUCGCAUGCGCGCUCUUUGCUCACUCCUACAGCCUCUAAAAAAUCAUUAAAUAAAAAAGCAUGUCUAUGCUUUUUUAAAUUACAAUGGUAUACGUUACAUUAAUGCUGAAAUUAAGUGCCGAGGAAACAAUCUGUUGGUCGUUCUAUGCUCGAUAAGUUUGAGUAAAGAAUUAGUGCCGUAUGAGAUCAUUUUCAAUAAAAAAAAAAAAAAAAAAACGAAAUGCAUUUCUCAAACAUAGGCGGAAAUAACGAAACUAUUACGCACGUGCCAAAACGGAAGUAAAAGGUAGAUUUUUCCCAAAAAGCUACGACUCAGCGCUGAUAAGCCGGUUAUUUCCUGAUGACGAAUGCUGCGAAAGUGAGCUGCGCUCGGCGAUUUGAUCGGCGGCUCGACGCGAUUAUUCAGCUUUUCUCUUUUUCCACACAAUAAGGUUCAAUAAAAUACGUAUAGGAAUAGGUCGCACGUGCGUCUUUGUCCGAUAUUUCCGAUAGGAUUAGCCGGGAUAGCGAGGAAAGUUGAAAUCAAUCGAUUACAGCUAACUCUAAGGCUAUGUACGAGACAGCGUGUACACUGUACAUUAAGUAUAGUAUGCUCUUUUCACUUCAGAAUUUCAGCAGUAUAAAUUGUACAAAGAAAAAUUGCCAAUAUCAGUUCGGGCGCUUAUUGUUAACGCACUGCAUCGGCGAUUCGUCGUGGAUUUUGCUAAAUCCAGAGAGGUCAGUGCCAUGCCCCAUCAAAAGCAAAUAGGCAAAAGGAGUGUUUGUAAUAACGACAUAUCACGUAUCGUGCACCAGAAAAGCAAUCGACUGAUGCGUUACAUUCCACUACAAAGUGUGUACAAAAAAUUAAUUUUGAAUAUACGAAAGUUGUAUAGUACAUGCUGUGAUUGCGAAAUUUUAGGGGGAGAGCGUGUGAUGCAAGUAAGUGAUACGAAUGUGAAAACGUGUCUCAUGAAUGGACAAUAUUAUUAUUGAAGAAUAAAGUCGAGUUUGAAAAGUA